AUGAAAGUCGAACGUGCUGUAGAAAAUCUUAAGGUCACCGACCGGGCUGCGGACAUUAUGGAUGGGUUUAAACUGUAAGUUUUGCCUUGUUAAACCUCAGCUUACAUUACUGUCUCUACUUCAAUUUGAAGACAUUAACUUUAGUUUUAAAGUUAAAAAUGAUAUUUUAGAAAUUGGAUGAAUCUCCGUGACGCUGAUACAGGCAAGAUAUUAUGGCAAAGCACGGAAGAUUUGGCUAGUCCGACAGAAGUCCACAAAGGUAACCAAUGCUUUAUUACGUAACAUAUUAAAUAUACUUCUAAGCAAAACUACAAACACCACUUUAGCCAACAUUCCGAAAGAGAUCCUUGAGAAGAAGUCAGUAUCAAGAGAAAUAAACUUUACUUCACAACUCUCGAUCGAGAAGUUCAGGCUAGAACAACGUGUGUGGCUGAAGAACACCGUGAUAGAAGAGUGGUUCUUCGACUUUGGGUUUGUCAUGCCUACGUCCACAAAUACUUGGCAAAGCAUAAUCGAAGCAGCGCCCGAGGGUCAGAUGCUGCCGGCCGCACUAUUAAGUGGCAACAUCACUAUUGAAACCAACUUCUACGACGACUCACUUCUAGUAAGCACGUCCAAGGUUAAGUUGUUCUAUGUGUAA